AUGCUCUGGGGUGCUGUGAAGAUGCUGCUGGAGGGAGCAGCUGCGGUAACGUCGGCGUCGUUGGUUGCGUUGUAUUUCAUGCAGAACCGGUUGAUCUAUCCGUCGUGGGCGCAGGGAGCUCGGGAUUUUGUGGAUACUCCUGACAGCUACGGCCUGCCCUACGAGCUGGUGACGCUGACCACGGGCGACGGGGUGCGGAUCCAGGCGUACGACAUGCGGAACACGAGAAGCGACUCGGGCUCGACGGUGGUGGUUCUGUGUCCCAAUGCGGGCAAUAUUGGGUAUUUCAUCUCGAUCGCGGAGAUUUUCUAUCGCCAGUUGGGGAUGAGCGUGUUUAUCUAUUCGUACCGAGGUUACGGACACUCCGAAGGGACGCCCUCCGAGAAAGGGCUGAAGCUGGACGCUGACUGUGUGAUGGAGCAUCUCUCCAGAGAGCCGUUCCACAAGGCUAGGAAAUUGGUGCUGUAUGGCAGGUCGUUGGGGGGCGCCAAUGCGAUCUAUAUCGCGGCGAAGUUUCCGAGCCUUUGUGACGCUGUCAUCUUGGAAAACACUUUCUUGAGCAUCCCGAAGGUGAUACCGUACGCGUUUCCAGCGUUGAGAUAUUUCAGUGGGAUGUGCCACGAGAUUUGGAACUCGGAGGAGCAGAUCAAAGGCUGCGAUUCUACGCUGCCGUUCCUGUUCCUGAGCGGACUGCGGGACGAGAUAGUGCCACCAUCUCACAUGAGCAAACUGUAUGAGGCGUGCCCGAGCCAUAAUAAGCAGGUCUUUCAAUUUCCGCUGGGCUACCACAACGAUACGAUCAUCCAGGAGGGCUACUGGUCUGUGGUGCGGAGCUUUUUAGAGCAGUUCGCGCUUAUCUAA